UGUCAAGCGUGGUUGUUUGUUAUUGAAUGACAGUUCAAUAUAAAAUAAUUCGAGAAAUAUAAAAAUUGUUCUCAAUAUUUAAUUCAAGAGACAAGUUAAAAUGGGUGAUCGUUAUAAUAUCCACAGUCAAUUAGAACAUCUGCAAUCAAAAUACAUUGGAACAGGUCAUGCUGACACAAGUAAAUAUGAAUGGUUAGUUCAACAACACCGGGAUAGUUACAGCAGUUACUUAGGACAUCCAGAUUUAUUAAGCUAUUUUGCAAUAGCUGAAAAUGAAGCAAAGGCAAGAAUCCGAUUCAAUUUAAUGGAGAAAAUGUUACAACCGUGUGGUCCACCACCAGAAAAACCAAAUGAAUAAACAAUGGAAUGUUAAAUAUGUUUAUUUUUUAAUUGAUAAUUUACAUAUUUAAUAAGACAAUU